GCCCAAAAGGAAAGCAGUGAUGCAUUUCUAAGCAGAAAAAGGGGACAAAUAGGAGAGGAAUUAUUGAUAAUCUUUUUGUAUGACGUAGCUAAAUCUUCUCUUAGGUUUAAGAAAAAUACCUGAACUGAAUUCUAUCCGGCAUGAUAAUAAGUCGAUGUGAUUAGUCUCCUGCUCAGAACUAGACUCCGAGUCAGCGCGGAUGUGGAAUCCAUGUCAGGUUUUGGUGGAGUCCUCCGCUCAGACUGCUCCUGCAGACGGCAGCCUGCUCUGCACUGCACUGGCGCUGUUUACUGGAAGCCCGCUCCGCGCUGCUUCCACCAAGUGUCUGAACACUGUGAGCGGGAUCUUUUCCAGAGACGAGCCGCUGAAACUUGUCUUCGCACUCAGAGGAGAGCUGGAGAACAGCGUCGGCGGUUAAAGUAGCGGAGAGCGGUGUUUUCCCCCAACAGACAACUGAAAGCCCCACACUGUCCCUCUCAGACACUCUUUUUUUAUUCUAGUGGGUCCCCGAGCUCCGCUUCUUGUUUGUUGUCGCUGCUUCGGGAGGCACAGGAGAGCCGAGAAUAGCCGAGCCGCUCAGAGGCGCAGAUGAGUCAGGACUGAAGCGCACCUUUCUUGCCAUGGAAGUGUGUGUCCGGUGCAAGGGGAUGUACAGGCUAAGAAGGGGACCUGCCGCCUGAGAGUCAUCCUCUGUCCCAGAUAAGGCGAGCAUGCCUCAGAGCUGCAGACUCAGUCUCUUCGCUGCAGAGGAGUUCCCAUCAGACUGUCUUUCUACAAUCUGACAUUUUUACUUUUCACAUCCCUUCUGACUUCAUUUCAGCGUGUUUGGCGUCGCUGCUUUUCGAGAAAGGUGACAGGAUCAAUGAUGAGCAUCUUUGAGACCGGUUGGCUUGGACUUUUCUAAUCAGAACCUUUUUAUUCGCAACACAAUCCUGCCACAAACCAUAAACCCCUGGCGCCAUGGCAUGUUACCUGUUGAAACUACAGACCUUCUGCUGGUUUCUCAUCACACUGGCCCAAGUGCACUCCACAGAGGGGUUCAGUCGAGCCGCCCUGCCAUUUGGCUUAGUACGGAGAGAGCUGUCUUGUGAGGGUUACCCCAUCGAUCUGCGGUGUCCAGGAAGUGAUGUCAUAAUGAUCGAAAGUGCCAACUAUGGCCGAACGGACGACAAGAUCUGCGACGCUGACCCUUUCCAGAUGGAGAACAUCAACUGCUAUCUUCCAGAUGCCUUCAAGAUCAUGUCACAAAGAUGCAACAAUCGGACACAGUGCAUUGUGAUCACUGGUUCAGAUGUCUUCCCUGACCCCUGCCCAGGGACCUACAAGUACCUGGAAGUCCAGUAUGAGUGUGUGCCCUACAUUUUUCUUUGUCCUGGGACUCUGAAAGCUGUCGGUGAUCCUUCCUUUCUAUUUGAAGCGGAGCAACAAGCCGGAGCCUGGUGCAAAGACCCGCUGCAAGCUGGCGACAAAAUCUACUUUAUGCCUUGGACUCCUUAUAGGACAGACACUCUCAUUGAGUAUUCCUCUUUGGAUGACUUCCAGAAUGCCCGGCAAACCAUCACCUACAAGCUGCCCCACCGGGUGGAUGGGACCGGAUUUGUGGUCUACGAUGGGGCCGUGUUUUUCAACAAGGAGCGUACCCGCAACAUUGUGAAGUUUGACCUGCGGACUCGAAUCAAAAGUGGUGAGGCGAUCAUCAAUAAUGCCAACUACCACGACACAUCGCCCUACAAGUGGGGAGGCAAAACAGACAUUGACCUGGCCGUAGAUGAGAAUGGGCUGUGGGUGAUCUACGCCACCGAGCAGAACAAUGGCAUGAUCGUAAUCAGCCAGUUGAACCCCUACACGCUACGAUUUGAGGCUACCUGGGACACGACCUAUGAUAAGCGCUCAGCCUCCAAUGCCUUCAUGGUUUGUGGAGUACUGUACGUGGUCCGCUCCACCUAUGAAGACAAUGAAAGUGAAGUCAGCAAGAGCAUGAUCGAUUACGUUUACAACACCAAACAGAACCGUGGGGAAUACGUUGAUAUCCACUUUCCCAACCAGUACCAGUACAUUGCAGCUGUGGAUUACAAUCCGCGAGAUAACCAGCUCUAUGUGUGGAAUAAUUUUUACAUCCUGAGAUACAAUCUGGAGUUUGGCCCACCUGAUCCAGCACAUGCUCCACCACUGUCAGAAGUCACCACAACCCCUCAGCCUCAGAAAACUACAACCACCACCACAACAACCACCGUGCACUGGGGUGUGGCCAACACAACCACCACAACAGGGCUCAAGGAGGGCAGCAGGGGAGCGCCCAAGCCGCCUCCUGUGAUUCUGCAGACUACUUCCCCUCCGCCCCUCGAGUCCUUCCCUUUACCCGAGCGCUUCUGCGAGGCCAGUGAGAAAAGAGACAUAAUGUGGCCUCAGACCCAGAGGGGCAUGCUCGUGGAGCGACCUUGCCCCAAGGGAACACGAGGCACAGCCUCUUAUUCAUGUGUCCUUUCCACUGGGGCCUGGCACCCGAAGGGCCCUGAUCUCAGCAACUGUACAUCCCACUGGGUCAACCAAGUUGCCCAAAAGAUCCGCAGUGGUGAAAAUGCCGCUAACCUGGCCAACGAGUUAGCCAAGCAUACCAAAGGGCCCAUCUUUGCCGGGGACGUCAGCUCCUCGGUGCGCCUGAUGGAGCAGCUGGUGGACAUCCUGGAUGCUCAGCUGCAGGAGCUCAGGCCCAGCGAGAAGGAUUCUGCCGGACGGAGCUUCAACAAGCUUCAAAAACGAGAAAGGACAUGCAGGGCAUACAUGAAGGCCAUUGUGGAUACGGUAGAUAACCUUCUGCGACCGGAGGCCUUAAAGUCCUGGCACGACAUGAACAGCACGGAGCAGACACACGCAGCCACCAUGUUACUCGAUACUUUGGAGGAGGGGGCUUUUGUCCUCGCCGACAACCUCAUGGAACCUGCCAUUGUAAAAGUUCCUGCAGACAACAUAAUCCUGGAUGUGUAUGUGCUCAGCACAGAUGGCCAGGUCCAGGAUUUUAAAUUUCCACAGUCCAGCAAGGGCGGUAUCUCAAUCCAGCUGUCGGCAAACACUGUGAAGCUCAACAGUCGGAAUGGAGUUGCCAAGCUGGUGUUUGUGCUCUAUAAAAAUCUGGGCCAGUUUCUCAGCGCUGAAAACACAACCAUCAAGAUGGCCAAUGAGGCUUACGGUCGCAACGUGUCUGUGGCCGUCAACUCUGACAUCAUCGCUGCCUCAAUCAACAAAGAGUCCAGCCGCGUAUUCAUUAACGACCCGGUGAUUUUUACCCUGGAGCACAUUGAUAUGGAGCACUACUUCAACUCCAAUUGCUCCUUCUGGAAUUACUCUGAGAGGAGCAUGAUGGGCCACUGGUCCACCCAAGGCUGCAAACUCCUGGACUCCAAUAAAACGCACACCACCUGCUCCUGCAGCCAUCUCACCAACUUUGCAAUCCUCAUGGCGCACCGUGAAACCUCAAUUAACGACAGAGUGCAUGAGCUGCUUCUGACCGUCAUUACUCGAGUUGGGAUCGUGGUGUCCCUCGUCUGCCUCACCAUCAGCAUCUUCACCUUCUGCUUCUUCCGGGGCCUGCAGAGCGAUCGCAACACUAUCCACAAGAACUUGUGCAUCAAUCUCUUUAUCGCAGAGUUAAUAUUCCUAAUUGGUAUCGAUAUGACGGAACCCAGGAUUGGAUGUGCCAUCAUCGCAGGGAUCCUCCACUUCUUCUUCCUGGCUUCCUUCUCCUGGAUGUGUCUUGAAGGGGUCCAGCUGUACCUCAUGCUUGUGGAGGUCUUUGAGAGUGAAUACUCUCGGAAAAAGUAUUACUACGUAUCUGGUUACCUCUUCCCUGCCAUCGUGGUCGGUGUCUCCGCAGCUAUCGACUACCGGAGCUACGGGACCAAGAAAGCGUGCUGGCUAAGUGUUGACAAUCAUUUCAUAUGGAGUUUUAUAGGACCUGUCACCUUCAUCAUCAUGCUCAAUCUCAUCUUCCUGGUCAUCACAAUGUACAAAAUGGUGAAGCACUCCACCACCCUGAAACCAGACUCUAGCCGACUGGAGAAUAUAAAUAAUUAUCGCGUUUGUGACGGCUACUAUAAUACAGAUUUGCCUGGCUAUGAAGAUAAUAAACGGUUUAUCAAAUCCUGGGUCAUGGGAGCGUUUGCUUUGCUGUGUCUUCUUGGACUCACGUGGUCCUUCGGUCUCUUCUUCAUAAAUGAGACCUCGAUUGUUAUGGCGUACCUCUUCACCAUAUUCAACACCUUCCAAGGAAUGUUCAUCUUCAUUUUCCACUGCCUUCUCCAGAAAAAAGUCCGCAAAGAGUACAGCAAGUGCUUCCGCCACACCUACUGCUGCGGAGGGCUGCCGACUGAGAGCUCACACGGCUCUGCGAAGACUUCCACCACACGGACCAGCGCUCGCUACUCUUCUGGUACACAGAGUCGUAUCAGGAGAAUGUGGAAUGACACCGUAAGAAAGCAAUCUGAGUCCUCCUUUAUCUCAGGUGACAUCAACAGCACCUCCACCCUUAACCAAGGAAUGACCGGGAAUUAUCUACUAACAAAUCCUCUUCUUCGACCACAAGGCACUAACAACCCUUAUAACACCUUACUGGCUGAGACAGUCGUAUGUAACACCCCCACGGCUCCAGUGUUUAACUCGCCAGUGACCUACAGAGAGACAAGGCACUCACUGAACAAUGCGGUGAGGGAUACAAGUGCAAUGGAUACACUACCGCUAAAUGGUAACUUUAACAAUAGCUACUCGCUCCGCAAUGGGGACUUUGGCGACAGUGUGCAGGUAGUAGACUGCGGCCUCAGUCUGGACGAUGCUGCCUUCGAGAAAAUGAUCAUCUCUGAGCUAGUACACAACAACCUGCGUGCCUGUAACAAAAGCCACCAUCAGCAACAGCAGCAGCACCACAGUUUACACCAUCCACCCCACCACCAGCAGCCCCCGCAGUACCACCAUCACCACCACACGGAGCGGGCUCCGCCCAAGGUGACGGUGGUAGGCGGCAGCAGCAGCAGCGAAGACGAUGCAAUAGUGGCCGACGCUUCGUCUUUGGUGCACGUGGGUGACACGGUGGGCCUCGAGCUGCACCAUCAGCUGGAGGCACCACUCAUCCCCCAGCGGACUCACUCGCUUCUGUACGCUCCCCAGAAGAAGGUGAGAACGGAUGGGGAAGUUGAAACCUUUGUCAGCCAGCUGACACCCACCAACCCCGACGACAGUCUGCAGUCCCCGAACAGAGACUCCUUGUACACUAGUAUGCCUAAUCUGAGAGACUCUCCGUACCCCGAGAGCAGCCCCGACGUGGUGGAGGACCUGUCCCCCUGCAAGGGGAGCGAGAAUGAGGACGUUUAUUAUAAGAGCAUGCCCAACUUAGGGUCCAGCAACCAGCUCCAAGCCUAUUACCAGAUAGGCCGAGGGGGCAGUGAUGGUUACAUUAUUCCUAUUACUAAAGAUGGGGGCAUCCCUGAGGGCGAUGUACGGGAAGGACAGAUGCAGUUAGUGACAAGCCUUUAAAUGUAUUUAAAUCAUCCCCAAAUCUCUUCCUGCCCUUUAGCAGUCCUGUCCUCUUGGAGGACACUAUAAUGAAGUGAAGGCAAUUGUUUGUUUUAUUUUUGAAGAGAGCGUAGAAGCCCCGUCAUACACACUCUCCAUUUACAAACAUCUUCCUUGAGCUGCAUUGCCAUCUCCUUUUCCCCCAAACACGCCACUCCUCCUACCUUCCCUGCAGACCUACAGACUUGGUGCACAGUGAUGGCAGUGCAAUGUUUUAAUGAGACUGUACAUAAAUUGCAGAGAUCAAUUUUAAGAGACAAGCCAACUAUGUAUUUAAAUGUGCUGCUGCUGUUGAAUAAUUGAGAAAAAUUUAAGGUACGAAAAUACAAAAAGAAAAAAAAAGAAGCAUUACUGGCUACAUCAUAUCAGCAAUUUCCUGUUCAAAAGGUUGUACAUACACUCCCCAACAUCCCCGUUGAAGCCUGUUUUUUUAAUUAUGUAAACAAACCAACACCCCUGGACCAGGACGUGGACUGUGUAAGAUGUUCCUGAUCAGACUGUUGGAAAAGGAAUAUAAGGUCCUGGCUGCCCAGAGUCGCUCUCCUUCACCAUGAAGUUGGAUUGUAUAACCACUAGCAAUCAAGCCCCUGGCCUUAUAUUUUCUCAACUGUACAUUGAACUGUUGUCAAGGAAAAUGGCUAAAAUAUAUAUUUUGUUGUAUUGCUAGUGUAAAAUAAAAAAUCAUGGGAAAGCGUAAAUAUGAAGAAAACUUUUAAUUGCAAAUUUUAACGUUUGAGAAACUAUUGUGUAGAAGUUGCACAUAUGUUAUACAGUGUGUUUAUGGUUCCAACACUUCAUUCAUGGUAGUAUGUUUGAAUGUCAAGGCUUAUAAAAAGAAAGGAGGAUUCAACAAAUUACAAAGAUGCAUUAUCACUUUUUUCCACUUGUGAACAGUGUUUUUUGCUUAUUGAGUUCCAUUGAUAUCGCCCAUCAAAAUAUGUCUAUUUGAUUUUUUUAUUUGAAGUGGCAUUACUUCAGUAGUAUGGGGAUGCAAAACCCAGGUAAAGUGAUUUAUUAAUUGCACAUUUUGGUGUAAUUCUGAAUGAAAUAAAUCUUUUUUGUGGUAGAUUGAUGGGCAAGCGCAACUGAAUUGAAACCGAAUUUUGACAAUAAAGUUUCUAUCAUAAACGUAGUUUUUCCGCCUGGGUUUGGACAUUUUAUUUAUUAAAAGCUUUCCAAAAAAUGAAUGGGAAAUGUGUAAAUAUUUCCCAGCACUGGUAAACAUGCUGUACUGUAGCUCAUGUUUUUUUAUGUAAACAUGUUACCAAGGGGCUCAUCACUUAAGACUGAUGUAAAGUUCAACACUUGUAUAACAAAUACAAUAAAUGUGAGAUUUUUGGUCAAAUGCCAGUUGUUUUUUAAUGUUUGUGUUUUUGGUACUUUUUGAGUAAACAGGUUUUAAUUAUUUUGCUAUGGACAAAAUACACUUUUGACUCAGGUUAUAAGUAAGUCCCAAGCACCUUGAAGGUCAAAAAUUGGUGAAUUUAUUUUUCCUGGGAGCAUUUAUUUCCUGUUGUUCAGCUUUUUUCCUCAACCGCUGCAGUAGAGAGCUCAUUUCACCGUCUGUGUUAGAGAAGCCAAAUCUUUCCAUGUGAUUCAAAGAUGAGAAACUCAGGUAGGAAAAUUGCAUUGUAAAUGUUCCUCUGUGUGGUUGUAACACUAAUAAAGGUUCAAAAAUGA